CACGGACACCGGAAGCUAGCAGCGCGUGGAACUCAUGGCAGUAUGGCAGUGUUGGUGUUUCAUGCGUUAUUGACAAUAGUGGCGAUAAUCUGAAAUGUUAUGUUUGUUUAACUUAAUCAGCAACACUGGAGGGUAAAACGAAAAUGUCUGAUGCUAAAACGAGGAGGAGAGAGAUUAAGCUGAAAAACCAGCCUUCGAAUGUACAGUAUCCUGCCAGUGAAGACAUGUCGCACUUCACGGGUAAUGGCGGUCAAACGCAGAAAGGUGCUGGUUCACGUCAUGGUUGGGUUAGGGGACAUCAAAAAGAUGGAGGAGGUUAUGGCAAAGAGAUGCCCAAGUACCUCAAUGCGGGCUCCUUUGCCCGGGCCAGAGCAGCAGAGGUGAAGGCAAUGAUCAAAGCUGUAAGAAGGAAAUCUGCCAGCUGUCAUCUGUUCUCUGCUCUACCAAAACACAUGAGAAGACGAGCUAUGAGCCACAACACCAAACGUCUUCCACGCAGACUCCAAGAGAUGGCUAUGAAACUGAGAGAAAAAAGUCUACAAGGAGCCAAAAAGAAGAAAGAGUCAAAAAAGAAGAGUCGUAAAGCUCGCCGGAGACAUGGAAAUCUCUUACUUGAGUUUAAUCGCAGACAAAGGAAGAACAUUUGGCUGGAAACGCACAUUUGGCAUGCCAAGCGAUUCCACAUGGUCAAAAAAUGGGGCUACUGCCUCGGAGAUAGACCCACAUACAAAUGUUACAGGCCCUGCUACAGGGCAAUGAGCACCCACUGUCUACUUCAGGACCUUUCUUAUUAUUGUUGCAUAGAACUCCUUGGAGAGGAAGACAAACUUCUGGCAGCGCUUUCACAGCUAACCAACAAAGAUACGGGCCCUUCCUUUGCUGCAGGAGUUUGUCUUUCGGGCCGUAGACAAGGCAGUGUGAUGGUGUACAGAGCUGGACAAUACCCCUCACAGCCCCUUGGGCCUGUUACCUUCCUGUGGAGACCCCACACACAGGGCUUAAAUCAGAGACAACUGUGGAUUUGGGCCCACCCUAUUCUGAAACAGGAACUUCUCACAGAGUUACAGUAUGUAUGUGAGUGCUCUGAACCUGUUAUUCCUGCGGUUGUGCCUGUGGCACUGCCAUCUGAGGUCUCUCAAAGUGAAGAAACAAUGGAAUUGCCAAAACCAGGCUCUGUCAUCACAAAAAAUUCUGGAACCAAGAGAAAGAGAAGCUGUCUGGAUCAGAGUGGACCACCAGCCAAAAAAAUCCUAGGAGAUGGAACUAGAUCUCCCACCACGCCUGUUACGUGGAAGUCCAGCACAUCAACAACAGUCAUCCAUGAUCUUACCAUGGAGAUAGUUCGCUACCGGCUUAUUGGUCCACUGUCCCAUACUGUGUUGACUGAAACGCUAGAAACUGCUACAAGUUGUAAGAAUGUGGACAGCUCUGUGCAGUCUUCCCUCUGGUGGCCUGAACACUGUAGAGAUGAGGACAUGAUGAACCUCCAUAAGGAACAAUCUGAAAUCUUUGAGCUUCUCAAAGGUGUUUAUUCCACUGGAGAGAUUCCACCAGGGACAGUAUUGGGUUUGAAUGUAGAUGACCCAAGAGUGAGCUUACCAAUAAAGAAGGUUAAGGCUUUGCCAAGUAUAAAGCAAGGCCAAGAGGUGGAUGAGAAGGUUAAGCAGCUCAUGCUGAAUGGGGUGUCAGAGCGCUGCUGCCAAAGCUUUUUGUGGGACCGCACAAUUCGGGACAAUGUAACUGAAAACAAGAUACCAGAGCAGGAGUUGAACCGUAUGAAGCGUGACAUGCUGGUUCCUGGCUCUAGACUUUGGCCCAUGCCUCUUCAGGGCCGUGUCCCUGUCCUGUUGGUGCACCAGCCUGGGAAACAGGUUGGACAUGAGAUGAACACCUGGGGGGCUGGAUGGGACAUUCUACUGCCGAAGGGCUGGGGCAUGGCCUUUUGGGUGCCACUGGUGUACAGAGGAAUACGUGAAGGAGGGCUUCAUAUGACUCUGAAACAUUCUCAGAAUAAAAGUUCCCCAAACUUCCCCCAUGAUUUCCCAGACUGUCCAGCUGGAGAUCGAUUUCAGGAGGAGCAGGAGGCAGAGCUUCUGGACAAGUUCAAACGGCGUCCCCCUGCCAAACGGACCAAUUAUAUUAAACUCGGGUGUCUGGCUCCAUUCCGUUGCCCAUGGAAACAGUUGGCAGAAGAGUGGGAGGUGAUCUCAGCUGAGGAGAGCAAAGAGACAAAGAGCACAGAUACUGACACGGUGAUAGAGGAGAGGGCGACCUUGCACCAAGAUGUCCCCUCUACAAUGCCCCAGAGAUUCACUGUGCUCAGGAACAGGAAAUCGUUGCGGCUUCUGUCUGGUUGGUGCAGGCCGACCACAUCCAGAGGUCAAAGGGCGUAUCGUCUGGCUCAGUUUCCGUCUCUCAGCCAAUCAGCUGUGAACUCCUUCCUCAGUGCCCAUAGUAUGUGUUUAGUGUGGGUCCGUCUGUCGCUCUUGUCCAAAGGAAAACCAGAGCUACAUGGAAUGAUUUGUGUCCCAACCCCUGAAGAUUUGAAAUUACUGCAAGACCCACAGUGCAGUGGACCUCUUGAGCCAACACACAAGGACCACUUUAAAAGUAAAUUGAAACGACCAAAGAAGUCAGAGAAGGCUACAAGUACUGGUCAAGUGCAAGAUGUAACACCAGUCACUUCAAAAUCUUCCUCCUCCACUUCGAACUCUGUUUUGGGGUUAUGGCCGGACCCCCUGCCCAGCGUCACGUCUCACUGUUCACGGGUCACUCUUGGCUGGGUAACUCAAGGGGACUUCUCCCUCACAGCUGGAUGUGGUGAAGCGUUGGGGUUUGUCAGUGUUUCUGGUCUCGUCAAUACCCUCCUGAAGCAGCCGAUGGAGCACAGAGGGCUGUUACUGCUGAGAAACCCCACUUCUCUUCACUAUCGCUUUGUGAAGGCUAACAUAGAGGUCUGAGCUAUUGCCUUAUGUCUUUACCUUCAUAAGAGAUUUAACGCUGUUUAACUCAAAUUAAUGCAGUGCCUUCCUUGGAGUGUUGAAUGCUUUGAAAAAAAAUAUAGUGGUUAUGUAUUUUCAAAGUUUAAUUGUUCAUUUAUCUUAGGGUUAUUAGAAACUCCAUCAAAUCUGUAAUAUUUUUUUUAGGUUAAAAAGCCGUGUUUAUGUUCUUCAUUGCAAUAAAUGGAAUCAAUCUAA